UUGUCAAAUUAUUUGCAGAUAAAAGAAUUAAUUGCAGAGGGUGUCAAAGUUUUUGAUUGGGCGAACUGGAUUUCCGUGGGAAUCGGGGUCUGGCCCCUUACCCCAAACAACUAUCUUUUUAACUUAGUUUUUGUUUAUUUUACAGUGGUGAUGAUUCUAGAGUACACGGACCUUUUUGUGCAUAUUGAUGAUUUCGCAUCUGUCGUGGAUAACCUGUCAGAGAAUCUGGCGCUUACCAUUGUUUAUUCGUACACCUUCUCGCUGAGGUUUUAUGAAAAAAAGCUAGCUCAAGUUUUUAGAGAAACACUGAUGGAUUAUGACAGUGAUAAAGCGUUGAAAAAUAUGAAAGAAGUUAAACUGUUCAUGGUGUACACAAACAACGCAAAAUUUUUUGCUAAAUACAUUAUUAUAUUGAUAGCGCUUACUGAUUUUGUUUGGUUGUUCCAACCGCUGAUUUUUAUGUCUACAUUUGAUGCUGGGAUUGACAUUGAUAAUAAAACAAGAUCUUUUAUAUUACCAUAUCAUUUUCACAUUUGCUACAAAUUGGAUGAUUUUAAAACCUACGCAUUAACAUAUCUUUGGCAGAGCCCAUUUGCAGCCAUUAAUUGUUUUGGUAUAAGUAGUUUUAAUGUUUUUUUAUUAAUUCUUGUUUUCCAUGUAAGUGGAAGAAUGGCUGUUUUAACUGGAAGAAUUGAUGAAUUAAAAUUUGAAAAAGUUAACUUCCAACGUAAGCUUAAUGAAAUCAUUAUAGAGCACAUUAGAAUUUUAAACUUGGGAAGUAAAAUUUCAGAUAUAUUUGCUGCGCCAUUAUUGAUAUUUUUUGUAUUAACUAACUUGCUACUCUGUAUUAGUGUAUAUCAAAUAUUGCUUAAUAUUAUGACAGGACUUAAUACGAAUAUUCUUCAGUAUAUUGUAUUAUUAAUAACAGUUUAUCUUAUGUUGUAUGUUAUUUGUAUGAAUGGUGAGCGUCUUUCUGACGAGGGAAAUAAAAUCAGUCAGUCAUUUUACAAUUGUACUGAAUAUAACUUCCAUGAUAUUAAAAGCAAAAAAAAAAUAAUAUUUUCUCUACUGAGAUCACAAAAACCACUCACACUUAAAGCUGGAAAAUUUUCCGACUUUAAUUAUGAAACGUUAUCUAAUAUCACUAAAUCAGCGGCUGGAUACUUGUCAAUACUUAGAAAAUUAUUAAUA